AAAUGAGAUCCGCGCAACACUGGUUGACCACGUUGUCAACCACGGCCUGACGCUGAUGGAGGCUGGACUGCGAGUACAGACAAAUCUAAGCCCAUACACAGUGGCAAGUGUGAUAAGAACAUUUCGACUGGAAAAUAGGAUUGAGGGUCAGGAACGACAAGGGGGAAGGCCUCCUAUGUUCACAGAACAGCUAGAGAGGGAGAUAGUAAACAUGGUUUUGGCCAACAAUGCUAUAACACUCAAUCAGCUCCAAACUAACAUUGUCAAUAACCACGCCAGUUUCAACGAUAUCCAUCAGGUCUCAACAUCAACACUGGCACGCAUCCUAAACAAAAACCGUAUUCAAAUGAAACAAAUUCAUCGAGUGCCUUUCGAGCGCAAUUCCGAAAGGGUGAAACGACUGCGGCAUGAUUAUGCAGAGAGAGUUUUACGAAUGGAUGGAGAGGAGAUCCAGCAUGAGUUCAUUUACGUAGAUGAGGCUGGGUUCAACCUGACGAGAACACGAAGGAGGGGAAGAAACAUCAUUGGCCACAGGGCUAUAGUCAACGUCCCAGGGCAACGUGGGGGUAAUAUAACACUCUGUGCAGCCAUUACACAGAAUGGGGUCCUCCACCGCCAUGCCCAUAUGGGCCCUUACAACACAGCACUCAUACUUACAUUCUUGGACCAAUUGCACAACAUAACAGCAGCAAAUCAAAUCGAUCAUAUGCAAUACAUUGUUGUCUGGGACAAUGUGUCUUUCCACCGCUCUGCUCUGGUUCAGAACUGGUUUCAGCAACAUCCACAUUUCACCGUCCUAUAUCUUCCACCAUACUCUCCAUUCCUCAACCCUAUAGAAGAGUUCUUCUCGGCAUGGCGGUGGAAGGUAUAUGAUCUCCGUCUCCAGGCUGAGGUACCCCUCAUCCAAGCCAUGGAGGAGGCCUGUGACCAGAUGGAGGUAGCAGCAAUGCAAGGAUGGAUUCGUCAUUCAAGAUGUUUCUUUCCAAGACAGAAGAUGAUCAGCAGGAUACUAGAGCAGCAGAAGGCAAUAACUCAGGUCCUGUCUGAGGAAAGGAAGACACAGCAUCUAAUUCCAACCUGGCAAUAUAUGGAUGUCCUGGAAUCUGUCAGUAAGUCACUGGGCCCACUGCUGGACUUCACAGAUGCACUCUCAGGACAAGACUAUGUUAGUGUCUCAUAUGUGAAGCCAGUUCUUCACCUCUUCAACACUUCAAUGCUGCUAAUACAAGAGGGAGACACAGACUUGACCAAGACCUUGAAAACUGCGAUGAUGCAUUACAUCAAUGAGAAAUAUAGAGAUGAAGCUACUCAGGAGCUGCUAGAUGUGGCUUCUUGUUUGGACCCCCGGAUCAAGAUGAACUUCAUCAGUGAAGAAAACAAGCCCCAAGUCAAGGCCAGAGUGGCAUCAGAAAUGAUGGAAUGCCAGGAGGAGAUGUCAAGCAGCAGCACUGAAGUGGAGCCAGAAGUUGCUGAAACGUCCCAGGCAAAGAAAGCCAAGAAGUCCUUGGGAAGUUUCUUUAGACAGAGCAAAGAUGCAGGGUGA